UAUUCGAAUUUUUAAAUUAAAUUAUAGGUAUAAUAAAUUUGGCUUUUUUAUUAUAUUUACUCUUAAAAAAAUCAUUUCUGAAGUUUUUAAAUAAUUAUCUACUUAUUGUCUUAUAUUACACUACCUUUACAUUAUAUGUUGUAACUUAUAUAAAUAUAACCAAAAAGACAUUUUACAAAAUUAUUUGUCCUAAGCUUUUAACUCUACCAUUUCUCAUUUAAAAGGUAUGAAAAUAUAUUAAAUUAUACUAUUUUUAUUGUAGAUAUAAUAUAAGAAAUAUUAUAAUAAAAUGAAUGGAACAAUGAAAUAGUUGUAAUCAGACAUCAUGACGCUGCUACUGAAGAGUGUGUGGAGGAGUGUGCUGAGAAGUGGCCCACUCAACAAAUCUCUGAGAUCACAGAGCUUCAGCUCUUCUGUAUCAACGGAACUGAGCCGCGCCAGGACUCCGGAUACGGUGAUGGCAAGCCUCAAGUCCGCCCCGAGUAUGAGUGACCUGCUCGCCGCCAUACAGACGCAUCUUCCUGCCAUGACGCAUAAACACAUGAUGCAGGCAUUACGAUGCCUCUUUGAAUUGCAGAAAGCUGGCAAAUUUGAAGAUGACACUGAAAAUCUUAUUAAAAAUCCAGCAUUCAAUAUUCUCUGUCAAAAUUUUAAGAGAUAUGCUCCAGCUCUAGAUGUGAAUGAAUCUAUUGAAGCUACCAAAGUGCUCUCCUACCUCAAAGUUCCAGUGGAUUCACUGAUUGUUCAGACAUUGCUCCAAAUGAUCAGAUGCAAUAUCAAUAUGAUCAACACCAGACAGAUAAUGUUCCUCCACUUUAUCCUAAGACGAUUUGACACCAAAAACCAUUUAGUGGACGCUUUAAAACUGGCCCUGCCUCUGGCUUUCCAAAUUCACCUCCCUCUAGAGUUAGAUAAUGAUGAUCUUCCACUCCUAAGAGAUAUGCUGGCAUACAGCUGCGCCCACUACCUUCCAGAUCGAUGUAUCAACAACAUAGUGACUGGGCUGCUUUUACAUGAUCAACAUAUAAAUGCACAAAUCGCUAAAUCCGUCAUAUGGUCUUUAUGUCAAAUUAACUGCACAGAAGAAGUAUACCCGACGAGAGUGCAGCUUCUACAUAUCUGUUAUGAUAUCCUUUCACGCCAUAUAGAUGAUCUAACAUACGAGGAUGUGUUGAAAACGGCGGCCAAAAUCAAGGGUCGUAUACUGGAGAAGCAUCCAGAGUAUUAUCAUGAACUGUUGAUGGAUAGGAUUGCAGAUUAUGUUGUGAACCACAAUAUGGAAUUUGAAAAGGGCUUGCUGGUGGCGAGGGUAUUGUCCAGGAUUGCGCACACCCACCUCGGGCUGGUAAAGUACUUAUGCUCGCUAGCAGCGUCUAACCCGGUCACACUUGCCAAUGCGCGCACCAACAUACUCUUCGGCUUCAUCAACUGUCUCUCCAACAACAACUACACACCUGAUCCAGACCAGUGGGCCGAGUUGCAAAGACAGAUCUCCUUAAAUCCGGUUUUGAAUGCCAAAAAUACUGCAUUGCCAUGGUCCAAAUUGUGUUUGGAGCUAGCAUCCUUAGGCUUUUAUGAAGAUAAACUUCUGGACAAGGUGUUCUCAGAAGACUUCCUUAAAGAAUUCUUAAAAAGAGACAAUAAUACGUUAGAUUAUCUUCAGAUAUUGACACUGUACCAGGCUGUACGAACUUUCCACAAUGACGAAGUUCAGCUGCCCCAAGCUGUGCUGGAGAAAGCAAAGGCAUUGUACCCAAUCAGUAGUAUGACAAAUCUGCUGGAGGAGCAUUUAGCGCGAGGACUAGGAAAUAAGGAUUAUUUGGUGAAGAAUGUGGUACUUCCAAGUGGAUUUGUUGCAGAUCUAUUAUUGUGUCUGAAGAAUGGCUACCCUGUUAAUUUGCCACCGCUGGACGGUGACACUAAAGUGCCCAUAGAGGAACUAAAUUUACCUGAGGGAUCUCUUGUGGUGUGCGUAAUAAACUUCAACCAAGGCUGUUUCUCAAUGAAUAGCAACCGUCUCCGCGGUAUCUUUGGACUUGUUCUGAGUAUAUUAGAGAAGCAGGGCUAUAUAGCAGUACCGGUGAAUACUAACGAAUGGCUCACUGCGCCCGAGCACGAGCGGACUCCAUACUUGCUGAGAGAGAUCAACCACAAGUGUGGCGAGGUCGGCAUGAAGCUGUCGGCCACUUGAUAUCACAGAGAAUUCAUUAUGGCUUCAAAACUGUGAUUCGGAUUAGUAGAUGUAUUGUGGCUGGUAGACGAAAUUUUAGUGAAAUAUAUAAUUGAAACGUUUUUACAUUUU